CAAUUCCAGCCAAGCGAGAACUACUAUCGGAUCGACCGAUCAACUGACUAUCAGCAACCACCCAAGGUACAUAUCAUCGACAGUCAAGCAGAAGAACUAAACCGAAGUAUCCAUACAACGACUUACAACAUAACAGAUUAAUCGGCUUCAGGCAGUCUCAAUAAGUCGGUCCUGGUUUCUAGCAUGAAUUUCAGCGUCGAGGAUGUCGAAGACCGUGAUGGUACCCGCUUGUCAUGGAAUGUGUGGCCCGGCUCAAGAUUAGAAAGCACCAGGACGGUGGUCCCAAUCGCAGCUCUCUACACUCCUCUCAAGCAACGAGACGAUCUUCCGCCAGUUCUCUACGAGCCCGUGACCUGCAAGCCUCCCUGUCGAGCGAUCCUUAAUCCUUACUGCCAAAUCGAUGUUCGCGGCAAGUUAUGGAUCUGUCCCUUCUGUCUACAACGCAAUGCCUUUCCACCGCACUACAAAGACAUCUCUACUACCAAUUUACCUGCUGAACUCCUGCCCAAGUAUACAACAAUCGAAUAUACGUUAAAUCGACCGGCCCAGAUCCCCCCGAUCUUUCUAUACGUCGUCGACACUUGCCUGGAUGAAGAAGACUUGAAAGCAUUGAGAGCUGAACUCGUCAUCAGUUUGAGUCUUUUGCCUCCAACUGCCUUGGUUGGAUUGAUUACUUUUGGCACAAUGACCCAAGUGCAUGAGCUAGGCUAUGCCGAAUGUCCAAAAUCGUUUGUCUUCAGAGGCACCAAGGAUUAUUCGCCCAAGCAGAUUCAAGACAUGCUUGGACUUGGGGGACAAGCAAUGAAUCGGGCUCCGAAUGCACCUAUGCCAGCUCCAGCUCAACAGGGAACCGCCCGCUUCUUGCUACCAGUCCAGCAGGUAGAGUUUUCACUCACCGGAAUACUCGAGCAACUUCAGCGUGACCCAUGGCCAGUCGCCAACGACAAGCGUCCUCAGCGUUGUACUGGUGUGGCCGUCAGCGUAGCAGUAGGAUUAUUGGAGACGACCUUUCCAAACACAGGUGCCCGAGUAAUGUUAUUUGCCGGUGGGCCGCCAUCAGAAGGGCCAGGACAGGUUGUCUCCACAGAGCUACGAGAACCUAUUCGAUCUCACCAUGAUAUUGAUCGUGAUAAUGUCAAAUAUUUCAAACGGGCCUGUAAAUUUUACGAAUCGCUUGCCAAACGAGCGGCAGCAAAUGGACAUGCGAUCGAUAUCUUUGCAGGGUGCUUGGACCAAGUCGGAUUACUAGAAAUGAGAUCAUUGGCCAACUGGACAAAUGGGUUCAUGAUCUUAUCCGACUCAUUUACCACCUCGAUCUUCCGACAGUCAUUCCAAAAGCUUUUCGAGAAGGAUGAUGACGGUCAACUCAAGAUGGGAUUCAACGCGACCUUUGACGUCCAGACUACGAAGGAGUUGAAAGUUUCCGGUCUGAUCGGACAUGCUGUAUCGGCCAACAAAAAAUCGGGAUGUGUGGGUGAAACUGAGAUCGGAAUCGGACAAACAUCUGCCUGGAAGAUUUGCUCUCUUACACCCAGGACAUCGAACGCGGUUUAUUUUGAGGUGGUCACUCCAGCGGGUACUCCUCUAGCGCCCAAUUCGAGGGGAUGUAUACAGUUCGUAACUCACUACCAACACGCCUCCGGCCAAUUUCGACUACGGGUUACCACCUUAGCCCGUGUCUUUGCCGAGGCAGGCAAUCCGAUCAUCGCCUCAUCUUUCGAUCAAGAGGCGGCAGCAGUCCUGAUGGCGAGGAUUGCGGUCUUCAAAGCGGAAAUCGAUGACUCACCCGAUGUGCUCAGGUGGCUAGACCGGAUGCUUAUCCGUCUCUGUCAGAAGUUCGCAGAUUAUAGAAAAGAAGAGCCGAGUAGCUUCCGUUUGGCAGACGGAUUUAGUAUCUAUCCUCAGUUCAUGUUCCAUCUAAGGAGAAGUCAAUUCCUACAAGUCUUUAAUAACUCACCUGAUGAAACAGCGUUUUACCGUCACAUCCUGAAUGCGGAAGAUGUCAAUAACUCACUUGUCGCCAUUCAGCCCACACUGAUGUCGUAUGGCCUGGACUCUGAACCAUCUCCGGUUCUAUUGGAUUCGGUCUCAAUACAAGAUAACACGAUUCUCCUCCUCGACACAUUCUUCCAUAUCUUGAUUUUCCAUGGUGCGACGAUUGCCCAAUGGCGCAAAGCUGGCUAUCAUGAACAAGAGGACUAUGCCAACUUGAAAGAACUUUUACAGAGGCCUAAAGAUGAUGCAGCGGAUUUGUUAUCCGAUCGAUUCCCAGUCCCCAGGUAUAUCGUCUGUGAUCAAAAUGGAUCUCAGGCUAGGUUCCUGUUGUCCAAAUUGAAUCCAUCGACUACUCAUGCUAGUGGGGGUGGAAUGUAUGGCCAACAAUCUGGUGGUAGCAUGAUCUUCACAGAUGAUGUCUCCUUACAAAUCUUUAUGGAACACCUCAAAAAAUUGGCAGUCAGCGGAUCAAAUUAACCCGGGUAUUGAUGAUCAUUGUAAUUGGAUUUUAGGCGUCUCAGGGAUUUUGAUUCUUCUACUACCAUGCUCGAAAGAUGAUUGUCCCAAUGUUCUGCUUUCUCUCUCUCUCUCUCUCAUUUUUCCUUUCUUAAAGCUUCGAGUGAUGUGAGAUCAUCCAAGGAUCGAUAUGUAAAUUUGUUGUCUGAGGAUCUCUCAUCGCUCUCCGUUUGUUUGUUUAGUUUCCAUUGGUUUGUGAUUCCAAGUUUAUCCAUACACACAUACAUACAUAUAUACAUCUUGUCUCUCUCUCUUUCUCUUAUCACUAUAGUUCUGAUAUAGAAUCCAUAUGCUCUUUUCUGGGCCUCUUCACAUACCUCCUGUUACCGGUGGAUAGAGAGACUUGUAAAGAGAAACCAUUUUACAUACACAAUGUUGGGUGAAGUCCAAACCAUGGGAAUAAAGCACCCAUGUUGGGUUAGAAAACAAGAAAG